CCAGGACCAAUAGCCCCAGCCCCGCCCUGCCGCGCGUUUGUCCCACCUGCUCUGGGACACUCCCCCCAUGGCGCCAGCUCCGGAGCCGAGCUCCAACCCAAGCGAAUGCAGUGCAGGGACCCGGGCGGGUCUCGGAGCAGGGGCCCCCAGAGAGCCGGGAUCUCGACGGGGGGGGGCAGAAACCGCCACGAUCCAGGCCCCUCUCUGCUGGCAGGCUGAGCCCCGAGAUGCACCUGAAGCGCCCGGCGCAGACGGACGACUGGCGCCUGGACAUCCUCCUGAAGCACAAGGCGGAGGAGGGCGUGCGGGUCUGCGUGCUGCUCUUCAAGGAGGUGGAGCUGGCCCUGGGGAUCAACAGCGGCUACAGCAAGCGGGCACUCAUGCUGCUGCACCCCAACAUUAAGGUGAUGCGCCACCCUGACCACGUCUCGUCCGUCGUGUUCCUGUGGGCUCACCACGAGAAGCUGGUGGUGGUGGACCAGAGCGUGGCCUUUCUCGGCGGCCUGGACCUGGCCUACGGGCGCUGGGACGACCACCACUACCGGCUCACCGACCUGCCCCCCGGCACCAAGGUCAGAGCCCCCCACUCGGCCCCCUCCUCUCCUGGGGAGCCGCCUGCCCCAGGGCCCCAAGCUUCUCUCCCCCCGAUUGCCUCCCCCCAUCUCUCUCUGGACCCCGCUCCCCACGCCGGGCUCUGGCUCCCUCCGAGCGGGGUGCUCCUUGGGGAUGAGCUGCCCGUCGACCUGGCAGCCAACCAGCAACUCUGGCUGGGCAAGGACUACAGCAACCUCAUCACCAAGGACUGGGUGCAGCUCGACCGGCCCUUCGAAGAUUUCAUCGACAGGUCCCGGAUGCCCCGGAUGCCCUGGCGGGACGUGGGGGUGGCCGUGCACGGCAGAGCCGCCCGCGACGUCGCCCGUCACUUCAUCCAGCGCUGGAAUUUCACCAAGACAGUGAAAAACAAGUACCGGGGCCCGGAGUACCCCUGCCUGGUGCCCAAGUCGCUUGGUGCCACCCACCGCCUGCCCGGCCCCCUCGCCGGCGCCCAGCUCGCCAACGUGCAGGUGCUGCGCUCGGUGGAUCGCUGGUCAGCCGGGACCCANGAGUGCUCCAUCUACAACGCCUACCUGAGCGUGAUCCAGACCAGCCAGCACUACAUCUACAUCGAGAACCAGUUCUUCAUCAGCUGUGCGGACGGGCGGGCAGUGCUCAACACGGUGGGGGACGCCAUCGUCAGCCGCAUCCUGCGCGCCCACAGGUCACCCCACGGCGGGGGGGGGGAACCCGGCGUCUGUCACCCCAUGGCGGGGGGGACCCAGCGUCUGUCAGGCCCCAGGGGAGGGGGGACCCGGCGUCUGUCACCCCAUGUAACCCGCAUUCUCCCCCCCCCCCCGGCAGUCGGGGACGAGUGGAAGAACUACAUCUCCAUCUGCGGGCUGCGCACCCACGGGGAGCUGAGCGGCACCCUCAUCACCGAGCUGGUCUACAUCCACAGCAAGAUGCUCAUCGCCGACGACCGCCGCGUCCUCAUCGGUGAGUGCCGGCGCGAACCCAGGAGUCCUGGCCCCCCACCUCUCUCCGCCUGUAACCCAUGAAAGGCCACUUGCUGC